AUGAAAAGUUUCACACCUGUCCCGAUGAUUCCUAUAUCAGGGUUUAAAUACCAAAAACAAACUCUCCUCUCUCGAUUUCCAAGGCUUCGUAAAACAAAAUACGAAUCAGAGAAGAAAAGCUCAUUGUCAAAUUCGACUGUUUUAAAUGUCCUUCGAAAAUGCAUAUAUCGAACAAUUUUUAGAAAGUUUCGGCUACUAAUAAAAAGCUUUUGCACUACAAUGAACUCAUUUUUGCUUCAGUACAUAAGUCCUAGGCUUUCUAAGUUGGUUAGAGGUCGAACAAAUAAUGUGGAAGUUAUGUUCAGGCUAUCUGGCAAGACAUGGCCUCCUAUGAUUGUGUAUAGUGCUAAAAUCACCAAUAUCAAACUUAUUGGAUUUGAUCCUGAAGAAAGCGAAACGAAAAGAAAUUCUUGGAGAAUGCUAUUUACAGACGCACCUUUAAAUGAGGAAACUAAAGCUUAGGACUUGUUAUAGCUUGCUCCAAGCUGUGAAUUAAAAGAUAAAAGUUAAGGGUAGCUUGCCAACUUACUUACUGAAUUUGUUUGGAGAAGAUAUUGCCCAGUCAACCUCACAAGUUAUAAAGGUAUCCUUAACUAAGAGAGAGCUUUAAGUGGUCUAGAGCUAUAUAGAAACGCCCUCAAGUAGAUAUGGCAGGUAUUCUCCAGCUUUGGUGCAUCCAUCACUUCCGUAUCAUCACCGAGGAAUCAGAGGGCGCAAAAGUGAUAGAUUAUAUUAGAUUGAAUAGGUCUUCGGGGUUUACUUCAGCUCCUCUCCGCCUUUGUCGACUUCAGGCUCCUCAUCCUAAGCAUCGGUCUGCAUUAACGCCCUUUUCUGUUCGACGUCCCCAUCUCUCGGGGAGACAUCACCCAGGGAUUUGCUUGGAUGACUCCUAGUGGUCGGCAUGAUCUAUCCGGCGAUGUUAGGUAAGACAGGACCUUGAAUCUUCCUUCUGGUCCCCAUUAUUCUCCGUAUCCAGAAGUGUGGAGUUAUCAUAUGGAUUCUAUGAUACGGGCAGAAACCCUGUUGUGAUGUCCCGGCCAGGGACAAAAACCUACCAGGACACAAAAUUCUAAGCCCCAGCCCUCUUAAACUCAAAAACCCCGAGGGUAUGGAAGAAGGAAGGGUUGGGUAAGCUGCCAUUUUAUUUGUGUAAAAGGAUAGAAGAUCAGGAGAUUUAGAAGCUUCAUAUCAUUUAAAUAAGCCAAGUCUCAUAAAAGAUCAUAGCUUUUCGAAACCCUUCCCGGCCUUCAAAAGAAGUGCAUCUUCCCAAAAAUCCCUCUACAGAAAAAACUGGGAAAAAAUCGGAACAAUAAAAAUUCAAUGACAAAAUUUAAAUAAAAGCAAUAUACAUUAG